GAAUGCGCUGCCCGCACCAGAACCAUUCAUGUCAUUGGCCCUUCCUUGAAGCUCCCAAUUUUAUAUCUCCAACUCUUCUACCCCUUGAGCAGCUUCUUGAUAAUCGGGCUCAUCCAUGGCCUCCUGCGGCAGCUUGAGCUCUCUCUUCGAGAAGCCAAUGCCCGAGAAACCGACGCUGAUCGAGUCCCUCUCCUCAUGGAACCAGAUCCUUCCAAAGACCCAUCUCGAUGCCGCCCACUUCACCGAGAUCUUUGGGGAGCUCCACUUCGAGGGCAAGCCACCAUUCUCUCCUUCACUGUCGACCUACAAACCUGCGUCGGAGUCCUUUCUGGGCUUGUCCGCGAACUCGGACAAGCUGCAGCUCUGCACCGAGCGGCUUGGCUCUGAGAGCUCCGACGACGUCGAUGACCUCGGCGACCGCGAAGGCCUGGAGAUCAAGAGUUUGCACGAAGGGCAGAGCAUGGUUUGCAAUAGCUGUUGCGUUUUGAGGCCGAGGAGAACAGGGGAGUUUCCUCCACCGAUUCCGUCGAUAGGGAAGAGCGGGAAGCCGUGGGUUUAUUUAAAAUCUUAUAGAGACGGCGGUAGGUUCCUCCUCAGGGAGAUCAGGAUUCCAUCUCAUGAGUUCUUGCACGCCUCGCGCCAGGAUGGGCGGCUUAAGCUGCAGUUGGUCCACCCUAGCGAGUUGGGUUCUGAAGGAUAUGAUGAUGAUGAUGAUGAGGAGGAGGAGGAGGAGGAGGAGGAACUGGAGGAAGAGGGAGAAGAGAAGGAAGAAUUUGGUGAUGACAAUGGUGAAUAUUAAACCAUGCAAUACUUGGUUUACUUAUAAUUUGGGUAUUACUUCCUGCUGUUUACAGAAAAAAAAAAUGAGGGAAAGAGAAAAUACAAAAUAAAAGAAAUAUCAAUAGUAGUGUUCGCGUUCAUGGAAGGAACUAAGAGUACAGUGUUUGAUGUGUGAAGCUUGCACUUCAUGUGGAAAGAAGAUAAGAUGUUUAACUUAAUUAUUCAAGCUCACAGUGUAAUUGCUCUGUUAAUUAGUAUACUCAUUUAACAAAUAAACAAGGUGAAAUAAAUAUUUAGAAUUUA